CCCGGCAACGCGAUGGCGGCGGCGCUGCGGGCCGGGCCGCGGCUGCGGCGGGCGCUGGAGAGCGGCGAGCUGGCGGAGCUGCCCGCCGCGCUGCGCGCCGAGCUGGAGCAAGCGCUGGCCUCCGAAGAGGCCGUGUUGUCCUUCAGCCUGCUGCGGAGGCUGCACGCCGCGCUGCGGGAGGCAGAGUCCCCGCUGUACCUGUAUCAGCUCCUGGAAGGCUGUGACGUCUACCUGCCCCCGCUGCCGGUGCCGCCGCGGAACCCCGAGCUGGUGGCCCGGCUGGAGCGGAUAAGGGCCAGGCUGGCCAACGAGGAGUACCGGCGGAUGACCCGCAACGUCACCGGCCAGGAGACGAGAGGGACAUUGUCAGAGAUUGGGAGGCAAGUUCGCUCCAUGAAGGCCGUUUUCAUCACUGUCUUCAACUUCAUCGUCACCGUGGCCACGGCCUUCGCCUGCACCCUCCUGGGCAGCCGCUACAUCUUCACCGAGCCAGCGGCGCACGUCCUGGCAGCCGUCAUCGUGGCCUCCGUGGUUGGUUUGGCCGAGCUCUACAUGAUGGUGCGGGCUCUGGAAGGGGAGCUUGGGAAACUCUGAUCCCUGGGAGUUGCAGCCCUCGUGUUGGAGGCUUUUGCCCUCCUCAGCAGUAGCUAAUUUGGGCCAGUUUUAUCUUCUGUUCUGUGUUUGUACCCGCUUCUGUUACCAGAAGACAGUGGCAUUCCUCAGCCCUCAUCCUUUGCUCCUUGACAUUCCCAACAUGACUGUGGAUUAAGCACCCCACGGGUGCAGAGGAGCAGAGGCUGUGUCUCUCCCCGCCCAGCACAGGGAGCGGCAGUGCCUCCCACCGUCCCUGCGUUCCUCUGAUGCUGCUGUCCUCUUACUCUGGAAAUAAAUAGCGGGCUGUGUUUGCAA